GGGGAGCCCCGAGAGCGCGAGCCGCGGCCGGCGCCGCUGCAGAGCCGAGCGAAUCCACAGCCCGGGCAGCAGGGCACCACAUUUGUAUGCCUUAUAGAACCCACGCUUGGACAUGCUGACGUCAGGCUUCAAGACAGCUGAGCCCCACUAGACACCCAAAAAACCCAUGGCUCUGGUUGCAUCUUUCAACAUGACCAGUCCACAGCCUGCCACAGAAGGAGGAACUUCCGAAGUUGAGAUCAUCUCCCAACAAGUAGACGAAGAAAGCAAGAGCAUUGCUCCCGUGCAGCUGGUGAACUUUGCCUAUCGGGACUUGCCCCUGGCUGCGGUUGACCUCUCCACGGUGGGCUCGCAGCUCCUGUCAAAUCUGGAUGAAGAUUACCAAAGAGAAGGGUCUACCUGGCUGAAGCCGUGCUGUGGGAAGAGAGCAGCCGUGUGGCAGGUAUUUUUGCUCAGUGCAAGUGUCAACAGUUUCCUGGUAGCCUGUGUAAUAUUGGUGGUGAUUCUCCUGACUCUGGAACUUCUAAUAGAUAUAAAGCUUCUCCAGUUUUCCAGUGCAUUCCAGUUUGCUGGCGUGAUACACUGGAUCAGUCUGGUCAUUCUCUCAGUGUUCUUCUCAGAGACUGUCCUUCGGAUUGUGGUGCUCGGGAUCUGGGAUUACAUUGAAAACAAAAUAGAGGUGUUUGAUGGGGCUGUGAUCAUCCUGUCCUUGGCCCCGAUGGUGGCGUCCACUGUGGCUAAUGGGCCCAGGAGCCCCUGGGAUGCCAUCAGCCUCAUCAUCAUGCUCCGGAUCUGGCGGGUGAAGAGGGUCAUUGAUGCCUACGUCCUGCCUGUGAAGGUGGAGAUGGAGAUGGUCAUCCAGCAGUACGAGAAGGCCAAGGUCAUCCAGGACGAGCAGCUGGAGAGACUGACGCAGAUCUGUCAGGAGCAAGGGUUCGAGAUCCGGCAGCUGCGGGCACACCUGGCACAGCAGGACUUGGACCUGGCGGCCGAGCGCGAGGCGGCGCUGCAGGCCCCUCACGUGCUCAGCCAGCCGCGCAGCCGCUACAAGGUGGUGGAGGCCGGCACAUGGGCAGAGGAGACCGCGGAUGAGAGCGUCGUGGAGGAGCUGCAGCCCGCGCAAGAAGCUGCAGUGAAAGAUGACAUGAACAGCUACAUCAGCCAGUACUACAAUGGGCCCAGCAGUGACAGCGGUGCCCCAGAACCAGCUGUGUGCGUGGUCACCACGGCGGCCAUAGACAUCCACCAGCCCAUCUCCUCUGACCUCUUUUCUGUCGAUGUGCCCCUGAAGCUUGGCAGCGAUGGUACCUGCACCAGCGCCACCUCUGAGAGCGCCUCCCGCUCCACUCGCGGCUCCGUCACCCGGGCCCAGAGUGACAGCAGCCAGACGCUGGGCUCCUCCACAGACUGCAGCACCGCCCGCGAGGAGCCGUCCUCUGAGCCUAGCCCCUCCCCACUGCCACUGCCGCCACCACCUCAGCAGGAGACGGCAGAGGCCACAGUCCAGGACCUGUUGUCCUCCCUGUCAGAGGACCCCUGCCCAUCCCGGAGGGCCUUGGACCCAGCUUCCCUUGCCCGGCCCAGCACAACGGGCUUGGCCCAAACUAGCCCCGAGCUGGAGCACAGGGUAAGUCUGUUCAACCAGAAGAACAAGGAGGGCUUCACUGUCUUUCAGAUCAAGCCUGUCAUCCAUUUCCAGCCUGCUGCACCUGUGCUGGAGGAGAAGUUCAGAUCUUUGGAAUCCAAAGAGCAAAAGUUGCACAGGGUCCCUGAAGCCUAGAGCCUCCGGGCAGGCUGGGAGGGAGCGGGGCAGACAGCCAUCUCACGCUCUCCCAGGGCCCUGGAGGCUACCAGGGCCACACCAGGGGCCCAGGAGCCCAGGAGCCCUCCUGGCCUCCCUCAGGGUGCUGCCUGCCUCCAGGGAGGUGACGCCAGGCCAGGAGGCCACGUGCCUCAGACCUCAAAGCCCAGAGCUGGCGCCUCCUCUCACCCUGCUCAGGGGAGGGUGGUGCUCGUGGCUGGGGUUUUUUUAAACCACUUUUACAAAAACCAGCCUGUGGCCCAGCUUCAGCAGGGCAGAGUGCGGGGGCCAGCUCAGCCUCUUCCGUUGCCUUUGUUCCUGGAGCCCACCCCGGACCCCCGGGAACAGCACUGUGAGCAGGGGCUAGCCAGCCCCGCCCCCAAGCCGGCUUUCCCAGGAAUCCUGGGUGGAGCCAACACAAUCACACGAAGACCACCAUCCGAGCCUAUGUCAUUUGUCCUCAUCCUCUCAUUUAGGCAUGAGCAUUUCUGAGUCUUUUCAAGACAAAUCUAGUUUUCACCUUCACAGGACAUAAAGGGAUGGAUCUGAAGGUGGGUGGGAGGGUCAGCGGGGUGGGGGGGCAGCCAUUUUCCAAUCUUGGCUUUAAUAAUAAAAACCACCUGCACUGA